AUCCUUCUAUCGUCUAUAGGGAUUUGUUUUCCUUCCAUCAUUGAGAAAGGGAGAGCGAGGGACUUAUUUUCGUGUCGGGGGCGGAGACUGCAGCAUUUACCGGCCCCCCAGCGCCUGUCCACCGCAGAGGGACUAUGAGACAGGCUAAUCCCCUCCGCCCUCCCCCCACCACCACCACCUUCACCGCUACUCCUGCCGCCGCCGCAGCCCUCACCACAGCCACAGCAGCCGCCCCCAAGGACACGCCUUCCUAGCUGUGUUCCGGCGCCCCAGAGCCUGCAGCCCCGCCAGCCGUCGCAGCAGCCAUGGCGCCCCGGUUCUGUGGUCUGUCUGCCCCGUGCCGAUUCUGUUUCCGUGCGGCGAAGUGGCUGCCGGUGCUGUUCAUCGUGACGGUGGUGGUGUGGUCCUACUAUGCCUAUGUCCUACAGCUCAACCUGUUUACCAUCACAAACAUCGUAGAAAAAUGUUUCUACCUCAUCGUGUACCAUAUUCUGCUGACCAUGUUCCUCUGGGCCUACUGGCAGACCAUCUUCACGGACAUAGGCACCGUUCCCAAGCAGUUCCGCUUGCCGCCCUCGGAGCUUGACCGUUACGAGGGUAGUGAGACAGAGGAGGCGAGGAGAGAUGUGCUGGAGCGCUUCACCCAGAAACAGAACCUGCCCAUCUACAACAGAACCAUCAUGGGGGAGAUCCGGUACUGCGAGCGCUGCGUUCAGAUCAAGCCGGACCGUUGCCACCACUGCUCGGUGUGCGGCGUGUGCGUUCUCAAGCUGGACCACCACUGCCCCUGGGUCAACAACUGCGUCUCAUUCACUAACUACAAGUUCUUCAUCCUCUUCCUCGGCUACGCACUCAUCUACUGCCUCUUCAUCGCUGCCACCACCCUGCAAUAUUUCAUCAUGUUCUGGAGGCCUCCAUCUCAUUACCCCGUCCCUUCCCCUCCGCAGAACCAGCUUGGUACCGAGGGGAAGUUCCACAUUCUCUUCGUGUUCUUUGUGUCCAUCAUGUUCGCCAUCAGCCUGGUCUCCCUGUUCGGCUACCACGUCUUCCUCGUCCUCAAGAACAGGUCCACACUGGAGUCAUUUCGGGGUCCGAUCUUCCGGCUGAACCACUCUUGGGUGCAGGACAAGGACGGGUUCAGUCUGGGCGCGUACAACAACUUCGUGGAGGUGUUCGGGGAGGACCGCGCCAAAUGGUUCCUGCCCGUUGCUACCAGUCUAGGGGAUGGUGUCACAUACCCAGUGAGAGGUCAGCCACCGAGCCACCACCACCACCACCAUCACAACCACCACCACCACCCCUUCACCACCACCACCACCACCACCUCCUCCUCCACCACCACUACCACCACCACCACCACCACCCCCGUGCAAUCUUAUGGCAGCACACAGAUAAGCCUCGGGGACGGUGUGACGUACCCGCAGCGCUGCAUUGACGAGGACAUGGAUGGGCUGCUGGGGCCGACGGAGCGCUGGGCCGACGAGGAUGAGAGCGAGAUGGCCUUCACCGCCUACACCAACAACCACAACGGCCAGAGCCUGGAAGAGGUGGUGGUGCAGCCUAACCACACCAACCCAGUGUGAGCGACAACCACCACCACCACCACCUCCCUGGAUCACUUGCACCACCACCACCACCACCACAUUGUGUAGACCAAAUACAAGGGCACAACACCACUUCAUUACCACUUCCAACACCCUAAUCACUCACCACCACCCCUUACACUUAUAGUUCUCAUACCAUACCAGCUUGACCUGACUUACACCCUUAUAUCACACCAACACCACACUUUUGAGAGAGAGAGAGAGAGAGAGAGAGAGAGAGAGAGAGAGAGAGAGAGAGAGAAUAACACCACCAUUAUACACCAGUGCACUCCCUCCUCCUCCGUUUCUUCCUCUUCUUCUCCCUUUUCUUCCUCUCUUCUCAUUUUCUCUACUCUUUUACUAUUCUUUUCUCUCUCUACUUUUAACACUGGUACACUCCCUCCUCUUCUUCCUCUUCUUCUCCCUUUUCUUCCUCUCUUCUCAUUUUCUCUACUCUUUUUUUACUAUUCUUUUCUCUCUCUACUUUUAACACCAGUACACUCCCUCCUCUUCUUCCUCUUCUUCUCUUCUCAUUUUCUUUUUUCUCUACUUAUUUUACCAUUCUUUUCUCUCUUCCUACUUUUCCUUCUUUUCCUUUUUUAGUUUCUUCCUCCUCCUCUUUAUUUUUUACAUCAGUACGCUCCCUCCUCCUCUUCCUCUUCUUCUCCCCUUCUCAUUUUCUUUUUUCUCUACUUUUUUUUGCCAUUCUUUUCUCUCUUCCUUCUUUCCUUUUCUCAGUUUCUUCCUCCUCGUCUUUAUUUUCUACUUCCUUGUCUCUUCCUUCCUUUUAUUUUUUUCGUCUAGUCACGCACCACCUCGCUCAGUCUCACAUACACUGCAUCUAAACCACACCACCACCACCACACAACAUACUAACACCACACCACACCACAGUCAGUCAUAGAGUAUAGUAGAUCUGACUUCAGCAAUCUCCACCACCACCACACACACGCACAUAGAUGGUGGAGCGAUGGACAGGAGGAAGCCAAGAAGGUGAAUUGUCUCUGGGUUGAUGUGGAAGAAAAGGGAUGUGGAGGUGAGGAUGGUGUGUCUGGGGGUGUGACAGGCAGGGAAGGAUGUGUGCUUUAAGAGGUGGAGGAAAACUUGGAUUACGUGGAGGUGUGGAGGAAAGGAAAGAGUGCGUGGAGGUGCAGUAGGCAAGGAAAUGUGUGUAAGUGGAGAGGUGGAGGAAAACUUGGAUUAUGUGGAGGUGUGGAGGAAAGGGAAGUGUGGAGCAAGGAGAGAUGGAGGAAAAUUUUAAAGCCUGGAGGUAAUGACUGUGUGUGGAGAGAGAGAGAGAGAGAGAGAGAGAAUCCUCCUCCUCCUCCUCUGAGCCAUGACAUGUAUGAUAUGACGGACAGUUCAAUGCCUUCUUCACUUCCUCAGUCUGCAAGUAACAAGUAGCCUUAAGCUCCCAUGUGAUAGAGGCAUGGGCUUGUGAACGCAUGUGUGUAUGUGUGCACCAAUAGACCACUUAGAAGUACGCACACACACACUUGCCGCAGCCACGCUCUCACCUUGCAACCACUCGCGCACACGCACCCAUUUGUAAGGCCAUCACAGUCCGGUCGUCUUGUAUUUCUGCGUUGAUCAGCGAGGCGGGGCGACCUAGCACAGCGUUUUGUACUGAAGGAAAAGUCUGGUGAAGAUUAUAAGUGAUUGGUAGUGAAGGAGAAGGUUCUAAGCUGAUUGGUUGUGAAGGAGAAGAUUAUAAAUGCAUUGGUAUUGAAAGGAAAGGUUACAAGCUGAUUGGUAUUGAAAGGAAAGGUUACAAGCUGAUUGGUAGUGAAGGAAGAGGUAAUAAGCUGAUUGGUAGUGCAGGAAAGGUCAUAAGCCAAGUAGUAGUGAAGGGAAAGGUGUUUCACUAAAGGCGUAUAGGACAUGAGGAGACGCUGUAAGGAAAAUAUGUUAGUCUGAUAAGAAAGGGAUGUGACACUAGAUGAUGUGGAGGUAGGUAAGGAUGGAGUGUCUAGGAGGUGUGAUGGGCAAGGAAAUGUGUGGGAUGGAGUGUCUAGGAGGUGUGACAGGCAAGGAAAUGUGUGCUUUAAGAGGUGGAGGAAAACUUGAAUUAUGUGGAGGUGCGGAAGAAAGGGAAGUGUGUCUGGAGCAAGGAGAGGUGAAGGGAAAGGUGUUGCACUCAAGGCUCAUAGGACAGAUGGGGAGUUGCUGUUGUUUUAGCCCGGCAGCGUAGUGAGGGAAAUGUUGCUCCCGGUGAAUGGUAAAUGUUUGAAUUACCUGCAGGGAUUAGAAAGCCACUUGAGCAAUGCCAGCUGUUGAAUAGGAGCAAAGAGUAAAUCCUGUGCUUGGGGUUACUUAACAAAGCAUUAGUACAAGUUAUGAAGGGUUACUGAAAGCUGUUACAAGCCCAGGGUGAUGUAACAUUGUGCAGAAGCAGAGGAAAAGCUGAAAACUGUUAAGGCUGAGUAACGUUAUUGAACAAAACCAGAAAAAAGUUAUUGAAUAGAUAGAGGCAAAGAAAGUCAAUCACACACAGUAGCAUUUUAACAUUGAACAAAACCAGGAAAAAAAGUUACAGAAUAGAGGCAAAGAAAGUUUUCACAGUAGCAUUUUAACAUUGAACAAAACCAUAAAAAAGUUACAGAAUAGAGGCAAAGAAAGUUUUCACAGUAGCAUUUUAACAUUGAACAAAACCAUAAAAAAGUUACAGAAUAGAGGCAAAGAAAGUUUUCACAGUAGCAUUUUAACAUUGAACAAAACCAGAAAAA